AUGGUAGAAUCAGUCAGGGGCCUGAUAGGCGGUGGUUUACCCUGUGGCGGAUGUCAGCGGUUCGAGUCCGCUUAUCUCCAACUCGUGAACUUAGCCGAUACAAAGCUAUAUGAUAGCACCCAAUUUUUCCGAUUCGGCAGUUCGAUCUAUGAUUUUUCAUUCAUGGACGUUGAUAAGAUCUUUCCAUUUAGCAGCACCUUAGGAUGGCAUAGCCUUAAAGUUAAGGGCGAGGUUCAAACGAGGAAAGGCUUACGGUGGAUACCUAGGCACCCAGAGACGAGGAAGGGCGUAGUAAGCGACGAAAUGCUUCGGGGAGUUGAAAAUAAGCGUAGACGCUCUCCCGGACAGAUCAUCCCCGAGCAAUAG